AUGGAUUUUUCGGAGGAAGUGCCAACAUUAUGCGAGGAAUCCCACGUCCCGACGGAGCUUAAAAAAGGAAUGUCAAUUUUUAUUGAUAUUUUACGGCGAGCAGAUAAAAACGAUGACGGUAAACUGUCCUUCGACGAGUUCAAGUCGUACUUUUCCGACGGCGUCCUGACGCCGGAUGAGCUCCGGGAGCUCUUCCACGCCAUCGACACGCAUCACACCGACAACGUGGACACGGAUGAACUCUGCGAGUACUUCUCGCAGCAUCUCGGGGAGUACAAGAAUGUUUUGGCUGCGCUGGAAGACCUCAACGUGUCCAUUCUCAAGGCCAUGGAUAAAACAAAAAAGGAUUAUCAAGAGUCCACCCACCUGGAACAGUUCGUGACCCGCUUCCUGCUGAAAGAGACGACCAAUCAGCUGCAGUCGCUGCAGAGCUCCUUGGAGUGCGCCAUGGAGACCACCGCCGAGCAGACGCGACGAGAAAAACAAGGUCCAGCCAAACCUGAAGUUCUGUCCAUCCAGUGGUCGGGCCGCCGCUCCAAUCGAAGACUCCAGAGGAACAACAGCCUGUCCCCCAGCAACCCCAUCUUAAGUCUCGUCAACUCAGGAGCUUACGAGGAGGAGAACCACUGGACGGUUCAAGUCAACAGACUGCAGAAGCUCAUCGACCGCCUGGAACAGAAGGAGAUCCGUCUGGAGCCUCUGGAAGACGAGGUCCCUGAGAGCAAGCUGGUGCGUCACGUCCUGAUCGUGCAGAGGCAGCUGUCCGUGCUGGAGGACGAGUUGGAGGAGUUUCGAGUGGCGCUCAGACACUACGUGGACUCGGCGCUCACGCAGACCGGAUGUCUACACGUGUGUGUCCAGCGUGUGUCAAACGCGUGCGGUUUCGUCAUCUAUGAGUUUUGGGAGCACAACAACGUGUGGAAGAAUCACCUGCAGAGCAACUCCAGCAAAACCUUCCAAAGAGCCAACGUGGACUUCCUGGAAACGCCCGAGAAUGUCAGCACCAUGCUCAUACCUGCUUCAUGGUGGGUCCUCAACAAUAACUGA